ACGCCCCAGCAACGCGCCCCGCCCUCAUCCCCCGCGGAGCUCGUCCGGUACCUGUGACAACUCCCAACUCCAGUCUGAUGCGGUUCCAAAUUCUACCCUCUAGCAGCCCUAGAGCUGCCGCCGUGACUUAGCUUCGGAUCAACGCCCCAACAACGCCCCCCGCCCUCUCCCUACGGCACAAUCCCUCCUCGUGCGGCGUCGCCGAACAUCGCCGCCGUUCCCGUUUCCUUGCUGUCCUGUCCGUUCUUGGACUUUGAUUUGUUUACGAGGUAUGAGAUUUUCGCCAUCCAGUGAUUACCCAAAUCGACAGUACCUCCACAAAUUUCGAGUGCACCGGUGCAGACCCGUCAUCAUGCCAUCUAGAUCCGCCCCUUAGAUGUAGAGUGCUACAUAAGAGAGGACGGAGGGGCGCAAUUGAUUCUGUUUCUUACGGAUCCGAGUCUAGUUCCAACAAGGAUUCUAGUAGUAUAUUUAGAUUGGUUCGCAGGGAAAGGCCCGACCUUUUUGUCUUUGCAUCGGCGGAGACCAGGAGCGAUGGCGAGCGCAGGACUGAAGCGUAAAGCUUGCUCCUUUGCCGCUCUCACCGCCCGCAAGCGCCCAGAGGCCGCCGGGGAGCCUUCCCAGGCGACCGACUGGUCCUCCCUCCCUCCGGACAUCACCCGCAUCAUCGCCGAGCAACUGCUGGCGGAGGACGUGACGGAUUACAUGUGCUUCCGCGCUGUGUGCUCGCACUGGCGUGCCUUCACCACCAGCCCCUGCGAUCUCACGCUGCAGGAAACCCGCUUCCGUCCUCGCGGCUGGGUCGCCCUCUGUGACGGCGAUGGCGUACGCCCAGCUGAUGCCUGCGAGAUCACCCUCUUCCACACGUCCACCAGCAGGCGCCUCCAUGUCCGUCUGCCCGAGCUCCAGAACCACCGGAUCGUCGGCUUCACUGAUGGCCUCCUCAUCCUGCUCAACAAGGGCACCACCGCUGUCCGUGUCCUGCAUCCAUUCACCCGUGUCUUCAUUGACCUCCCUCCCCUUGCGCCCAUCUUCCACCAUUUGGUUUGGAUGAAAGCCGCAGUCUGCCGGUCCCAUGCCUCGAUUGCUGUCGUUGCCUGGUUCUCGGUUGUGCCAGUGGUGGUCUACGCUGAACCUGGGAAGCCACAUUGGUCUGUCAUACACCAAGGUCUUGAGCUUUGGACUGCCUUACCAUUCCGAGGCAGACUGUUUGGCAUCAGAAAGGGGACAGGGGAGAUUGUGCAGGUGUACCCUCUAUUCCCACAGCACCCAGUGGUUGCUCGUAUUCCCAGCUUGUUUGGUUGCCCUGCAUUUUGUUACUACUACCUUGUGGAAUUCAGAGAAUACAUGCUCCUUGCUGUCCAGCAUCGUCGUGUUAGCCAGAGCAAGAAGGGGUGGCAGCCAUUCGCCUUUGCCCUCUUCCUGGUGAAUAUAAACCAAAGAGGACUGGUUCUGUUGAGUAGCCUAGGUGACCGGGCGCUCUUCCUUAGCAAAGACCGAUGCCUAUGUGUCUCCGCCACGAAACUCCCUUCUAUCAGCAGCAAUUCCAUCUACUUCUCGCUGCCCAACUUCGACCCUGGUGUAGUGUAUUCUCUAAGCAGCGGGACAUUCGAGCGGACAUCAACGUAUGCCCUCAUACAUGACCUGAAGGAGAGGGUUCGGCCCUCUGUGCGGCCCUUCACCCUGGCCGAUCAUCUGACGACAUAUUGCCACCAUUUUGAGUGGUCAAAGGGACUUAUGUUUCAUGAGUACUAUGUUAUACCUUCGUCUUGGAAGGAAAUGUUGAGAAAAAUUACGUUACAGGACUGUGAAAUUCAAGUUUCAUGUGUGUGUGAAGAGAACGAAGUGGGAAGUUUGACGUCAAAGAAAAAGAACCUGGGAAUAACAGGACGCACACUUGCCUUACACUGGAAAUCGUCUCAUUCUGGAGCAUCUCCAGAAUUGAUAUUACUAGAGCAGAUUUCGUCCUAGGAUGGAAGAUGGGAGACUAGAACCCUGGGGGACCUGUCACACUAGCCAUUUCCCCUAGAAGAGCUCCCCAAAAUAAGGUCGCUGUGGUGACUGAGCUUAGGGAUCUGUAAUAAUAUCGUUAAGCCGGUGUUCUAUUAUGGCUUUGUUCUGCUGACUUUGAUGUGGUUGUUCUAUCAUGCUAGUGAGUAGGGCUAGAACUCAACCUUCGUGUCUGGAUUAAGACUAAUAUGUUUUGAGCUUAGUGAAACCGCCCUCGACUGUUCUAGUUCAGAUCAGCACUUUCGGA